CAGAAAUUCCAUUUCAGGUAUAUCUACAAAAUUUUUUGAAAUUGCUGCACUGUUUACAUACCAAUACUCAUUGAUGCCGAAAACUCACUCAAAGUGUAAUACAAAACAGAUGAUUCUCAGUAUACAUUGGUAAUUGUGUUUCCUAGUUGUAAGAAGUGGAAUAUCAGUUUACAUUAAACUCAACCUAUAUAAAGAGAUCAUUCACUAAGAAUAGUGUGUGGUUAAAAUAUUGUUAUCUCUUCAAUCAACAGUCACCAGAUUCUCAUUGAUUCGAUUUUCAUCAUCUUACGCAAGUGUGAAGUACUGUGAUAUGCAGAAACAAUCCGAGAAAACAUUAUCUAAAGUUGAAGUUCCACUGAUCACCACUAAUCAACCAAAAGCACGAGAAGAGUUUAGAGAUAGAUCAACAACCUUAAAAUGUCCAUCAUGUGGGAAAGAUAUAUCUACACAAUUAGAAUAUCAUAAUGGUUUAUUAACUUAUGCAGCUUGUAUCGGUAUAUUCCUUCUUGGAGGAGCUUGUGGUUGUUGUUUAAUACCAUUCUGUGUGAAAGCGUGUAAAGAUGUGGAUCAUAAAUGCCCAAGUUGUCACAGAUACAUUGGAUCUUAUCGUAGACUAGGAGACUGAACAUUUAACAUUAGAAGAUGAAUCAAGCUAAUUAAUAAUGAUAAAUUCAUACUCGAGAUAUCAAUAUCAAACUCUCAUAUAAUUACAGUUUUAAAUCAUUUUAUUCUACUAUGAAAGCUUGUUUAUUCAAUAAUAAUACAAAUAUUUG